ACGAGUAAACACGAGGCUCCUCUUUUUCAGUUAUCCUUGCUCCAAUUCUCCUUGCUCCAGUUCUUUCUCUCUAAUAAUGGAACCAUCCCUUGAAAGCUUAUUAAAAAGAUCCGGUAUCAGCAGUAGCACAAUCACUGUGCUUGAAAACGAAAUGAUUAUAAGUGAGAGCAUUUUCUUUGGCCUGAGCAAUAGCCACUUACAGCACAUCCUCCCAAAAGUGAAAGUUGGACAGCAUGUGUUGCUGACAAAAAUUUGGAACGAACAUUUCAAGGAUUAUGAUGGCUUUAAUCGAGCUCAAAGUUUGUCAUAUGAGAGUAGCAGCAGUGUAUCACCUUCACGGUCUCGCUCUCCUUUUAGUCCUGUGUCAUCUGCAGCUGAAAAGCCAAUGUCUCCAAAUGAUGAUAUUAAAGAUCUGGUACAGUUGUACAAGACCAAUGCAGUUUCAAGAUUUAACAAAGGUAGCGGCAGCAGUAGUCAAAGUGGAAGUACAGCUAAGAAACAAGAAACCAGUGUGACAACAAUGAAAAUUCUAUUGGGAGGAAUGGUAUAUGAUGUUAAGAAGGGAAAAGGCAUUCGUAGGAAGUUCCUACCAGAACCAAACCCCACACAAGUGGAGUUCAACAAGAGCGACACACUCUUAGCUGUCUGUGAAAAAGCUAUUGAUCUUUACUAUAGGGAAUUUGACAUAACAAUGAGUGACGUAUUUAUAUGUGAUUCUUCAGGUGUCAUAGUGGAAUGUGACUUACAACAGAAGCUAUUUGAUUACUAUGCUGUCAAUGGUUAUGUGCCAAGUAGGCAUAAACUGUAUACACUUGUUAAACUAGAUUCAAAGAAGAAAGUUGAAAAGGUGCAAGAAGAGUCUGUUAACAGUAAAGCAGGAAACUUAGAAGGACAUCCUCCUAAACCUUCAUUUGAAGAAACUGAACCAGUCAUUAAGUGCUGUAUUGAAUGUGGACGUAAUUUUAGGACUUUCAUUCCUGACACUUCUUGCAACUUGCCUGAUGGAAGUUGUGUGGUGUAUACUGAGCCACAGCUUACUUGCCCAUUGUGUGACCCUAAUGGUUAUGGAAGAUUUAUGAACCAGGAUUUGUUUCCGGAACUGAUGCCUUAAGUAAUAGUACUGAGUUAACUCAAUUUUGUUGGUUGCAUUUUUUGACAAUGAUUUUGAUAAUUACAUAAUUUGUUCAAAUAA